UCUCGAACAUGAUUUUGCGAUACAUUACGUUCUACUGUUUUCAAAAAACAAAUAAAAAUAUUAUUUUAUUUACCUUUUGGUAAUAUUUCUGUAAUACAAAUGGCUGGUCAAGAGAACAACAAGCCCAAUCAGGAUAAAGCUGAGGCUGAUAGUGAAAUUGCGCCGAGCGAUGAAAACAACGACGAUAAUAAUAUUUGUGAAGAGUACGAAAUGUUGGAUUCAAAAUUGGAUGAGCUAAAUACUGCACUUGAUUUUCUGGAACAAAAGAAUGAUGAUAUUCACAAGAAAUUGAAGGAACUUCUUCAGUCUAACAUUGACAUUAGACAACAACUGCAAAAUGAGAACUCCACCUCUCCUGACAAGUAAAUUAAAUGUGAAUAAUUAAAGGA